UUAAUUAAUGAAUAAACCUUUACGAACUUCCCAUCCAUUAUUUAAAAUUGCUAAUAAUGCAUUAGUAGAUUUACCAGCUCCUAUUAAUAUUUCAAGAUGAUGAAAUUUUGGUUCAUUAUUAGGAUUAUGUUUAAUUAUUCAAAUUUUAACAGGAUUAUUUUUAGCAAUACAUUAUACUUCUGACGUUAAUAUAGCUUUUUAUAGAGUAAAUCAUAUUUGUCGUGAUGUAAAUUACGGAUGAUUAUUACGAACUUUACACGCUAACGGAGCAUCAUUCUUUUUUAUUUGUAUUUAUUUACAUGUAGGACGAGGAAUAUACUACGGAUCUUAUUUAUUUACACCUACAUGAUUAGUAGGAGUAAUUAUUUUAUUUUUAGUAAUAGGAACAGCUUUUAUAGGAUAUGUUUUACCUUGAGGACAAAUAUCUUUUUGAGGAGCUACUGUAAUUACAAAUUUAUUAUCUGCUGUACCUUACUUAGGUAUUGAUUUAGUACAAUGAGUAUGAGGAGGAUUCGCUGUUGAUAACGCAACUUUAACUCGAUUUUUUACUUUUCAUUUUAUUUUACCUUUUAUUGUAUUAGCAAUAACAAUAAUUCAUUUAUUAUUUUUACACCAAACAGGAUCUAAUAAUCCUAUUGGUUUAAAUUCUAAUAUUGAUAAAAUUCCUUUCCACCCUUAUUUUACAUUUAAGGAUAUUGUUGGUUUUAUUGUAAUAAUUUUUUUAUUAAUUUCUCUUGUACUUAUCAAUCCUAAUUUAUUAGGAGAUCCUGAUAAUUUCAUUCCAGCUAAUCCAUUAGUUACACCAGCUCAUAUUCAACCUGAAUGAAAUUUUUAUUUCGCUUACGCAAUUUUACGUUCAAUCCCAAAUAAAUUAGGUGGAGUAAUUGCAUUAGUAUUAUCAAUUGCUAUUUUAAUACUUUUACCUUUUUCUAAUUUAAGAAAGUUCCGAGGAAUUCAAUUUUACCCUUUAAAUCCAAUUUUAUUCUGAACUAUAUUAGUAACAGUAAUUUUAUUAACUUGAAUUGGAGCCCGACCAGUUGAAGAACCCUAUGUAUUAUUAGGACAAAUUUUAACCGUAAUUUAUUUUUUAUACUAUUUAAUUAACCCCUUAGUUAGAAAAUGAUGAGAUAAUUUAUUAAAUUAAUUA